GUUGACAUUCCUCCUAAAGACCCCGACUCACCAACAGAGAAAGCCCUUCAUCAUAUAAUUCCAAAUAACGAACUUGAAGACGCUGUUCUGGUUCACGACACAAGACAGGCUAGUGACACUGCCGCCGUAGCAGAAACGAGGCUAGAACCACUUCGAGCACAGUUGGAAAAUGUCGUAAACCAGGAACGCAUGAGACCCAUCAUCGAGGGUCAACUUGAUGACCAAGGUCAACUGAAGCAACAACGGUACCACCUGCGAGGGAUGGCAACCCAGAACUUCAUUAAGACCGGUUAUGAACAGGGCACCUACUCAGUGCUGCUAGUGCCGCGUGUUCUCACAGCAGAGGGCGCACAGCCCUCUGGUGUCUAUGUGCACAAGGAUGGACUGCAUCUAGAUGAAAUCAAAUGGUUUGAGGACAUGGACUGGGGAAGAGACAGAGUUCUGAUGCCGACUCUGAAAACAUCUAGUUACGGUGAUUACGUACUCCACGUUGGACUGAUCGACACUAAGUAUUUCGAGUCCAGGGAACAACUAGAUUCCCUCAUAAGGUUCCUGACCGUCCUGCGACUCGGCACGAUAGGUCGCAAGUUGCCUAAUCUGGAUUUGGACGAUAAGGAUUUGUUGAAGCAGUUGGAAGACGAACUAUUUUAUAAACAAUCUGUGAAGAUUUUCGGUCGAGAAGAAGGCGAUGAUGAAAAGGCUGCAAUGACCUUCGCAGACUUCCGUCACUUGUUUUUUGAUGGGAACGAAAGGAACCACCUGCGAGGGAUGGCAACCCAGAACUUCAUUAAGACCGGUUUUGAACAGGGCACCUACUCAGUGCUGCUAGUGCCGCGUGUUCUCACAGCAGAGGGCGCACAGCCCUCUGGUGUCUAUGUGCACAAGGAUGGACUGCAUCUAGAUGAAAUCAAAUGGUUUGAGGACAUGAAAAAUUACAUCACAACAAUAUUUGUUGUUAGGACAAACAAGCAGACUAGAGACCCGUACAUUAUAAUUAAAGUUAGACAGUUUUUGAAGCUGCUGAGUCGCGGUGUUCCACUGGAGGACUCUUCAAAAAUUCUAGAGGACAUUUUUUGUGAAAUUAUUAGAAUUGAACAAUCUCGAAAAGAAAAGUAUUCGAAAAAAAGAAGAGACAGACUAGUAGGCAAGGGAGAGAAUUUCAUAAAGGCCCUGAAGCUAUUGACUAAAUGUUACGUGCAAGUACAAGAAGACACAGUGUCGUGUAACGGUCCGUACAAAGGAGUUAAGGAAAUGAAGAAUGUUGUUGAAAACACAAUUAAAAAUGUUCAUUCAGCAUAUUUAAUCAAGCAGCUGAUGUGUGAGGCUGACAAACUCGGCAAACAAAACAGCAUCUACAGAGAUUUUAUUGAAAAGCUGUCAAGCAGUCUUCAGUUUGACGACUCGAUUCUUGAAAGCUUGGUUGAAAUAGUCGAUGUAGGGGAAGGUCCUGUUGUGAAACUGUUCAUUGAGAAAAUUGGGAUAUUUCAGAAGAUCAUGAGGGAGGAUGAUUGUAACAAUAUCAACUACAUCAGUCAUGGUUAUGCUGCCGUGGUGAAGCACAUUCUUGACCUUCAUUCUGUCCCUUUGUGGCUCCCUAAGCGCCUUCAGAAUCAGAGUGGAGGUGCUUGGAACCACCUCAACCGUUGCCUUACGAUCCUUUACAGCCAAACGAACGUGGACCUUCAAGCUUUUGUAAUCGGACGUAGCCUUAUGGAUAUCUUCUCCAACAACCUU